AUGGAAGAAGCUGUUUCUGUCAAGCAUGAGGGUAAAAACCUUGAUAUAAAGCAAGAAAAACAAGAAAAUUUGGAGACUUAUAAGCUCGAAUAUGAUUCGGGAAGUCAGGAUAGCAGCAAAAGUGGAAGCGGGGGCUAUCAACGAUGGGCGCCCAAUUUGAAUGGUGUAAGAAAAAGCGCAUUUACGCCGUACAAAUCUGUGCAGUGUACUGCAUUAACCAAUUUGCAGAGAGGUAAUACGCAGGCGCGAGUCCCGGAGUUGCCCCAGCCAGAUUGUAGCUUACACGCUAAGGCUGGUCGCGGAGAAAUAACUCGUGACGACGUGAAACUGGAGCAGUAUGUUGACAUCACUGAUGAGCAUGGACUUACUGCCCUGCACUGGGCAGCCAGCUAUGGGCAGUUAAACAGCUGCCAGGACUUGGUGUGGUGUGGUGCCAAUGUGAACAUGCGGGGCCCCGAGGGGGAGACGGCACUACACCUGGCAGCUGCGGGGGGACACCAUGAGGUUGUGAAGUUUCUUCUCAAUGAAGGAGCUGAUGCUGACAUACAGGAUGAUUCUGGUAGCACAGCAUUGAUGUAUGCAGCAGCAGCUGACUUCCCUUACACUUGCAAUGAGCUCCUUAUCCGAGGAGCUGAUCUCACUCUUACCAAUGAUUAUGACCAAGAUGCUUACACACUGACCACUACCAAUAACUGCAAACUGGCACAAACUGUGAUAGAGAAUUUUUUGAUUGGUUGCCUCAGCAAAAUGUAA